CUGACACAGAUAGCAAAAAUUUCAAACCCCUUCUCUCCACUUUCAUCUAACACCUCUCUCUUCAUUCCCAUUUUCUCUCAAAAGAAAAUCUCAUCUCAACACUGCUAUUGCGUCUCUCUCUCUUCAAUGCUUGCUCUGUUCUUCCCAUAACCCCUGCUUUUCCAACUCCUUUUUUAAUAUCCACAUACCAAACAAGUCUCAUCUUUGACCUCAAUCUCUCUCCAACACUUCAUUGAUCCACAUUUUUCUUCAGAUCAGUGAACUUCUUAACAAAAAUCAUCAGAUCUUCUCUUUCUUUCUUUUUAUUUUUUUAUUCCCUAUUGUCUCUGACUUUCAACAAAUUUGAAUCUUUUUUCCUCUUAGAAACCAACUUCUUUUGUUUUUCAAACAUGCCUAGUUAGUUCUGUAUCAAAUUUUCUCAUUCUGAGAGGAAAAGGGACCAAUUUUUCAGUACCCUGCUUCCUCCUCUGUUUUCCCCUGUUCCCAUUUCCUGGAAAAUCCAAUUUCCUCAGAAAUUUUCCAAAAUGCAAGAAAACAACGUCCCAUUCACAUUCACCGGCGUUGCCGAUAUUCGAUCUUCUCUAUCUGACCUCAUAUUAGCAGGCGGAACCACCAACACCUUAGAUUCAAUCUUCUCUCAUUGUCAACCAUCAAUUCCCACCACCAACCCUGUUCUUGAGCCCUUAGGCUCCUCUGUUUAUCUCCGACAAAGAGAUUUACUACAAAAAUUCUCCGAAGAAAACAGAGCAAACACAGUAUUUUCACAGUUUUCCAUACCCAACCCACUUCAAAACCCUGUAUACACAAGCAAUUACACGAGUCAAUUGAAGAAAAAGCAGUACAGAGGAGUGAGACAGAGGCAUUGGGGGAAAUGGGUGGCUGAGAUUAGACUCCCUCAGAACAGAAUGAGGGUUUGGUUGGGAACUUACGAUACUGCAGAGGCUGCGGCCUACGCCUAUGAUCGUGCGGCGUAUAAGCUUCGCGGAGAAUACGCACGAAUGAAUUUCCCAAAUCUUCGCGAUGUGAAUGAGUUGGGAAUCGGAGAUUGCGCGAAAUUGAAUGCUUUGAAGUCUGUAGUGGAUGCAAAGAUUGAAGCAAUAUGCCAAAAAAUGAAAAGAGAGAAAAAGGCUAGGAAAAGUGGGAAAAAUUGUGGGUGUUCUAGUGAUAGAAUUAGGAUUGGGGAUGAUAAUGAGAAAGAAAUGAAGGUUGAUUCAUCUCCGUCGUCGUCGUCAUCGUCGCUGUUGUCUCCAACUGUGUCCUCUGUUUCCGGCGAGUGUCCGAUGGUGGCGGCAGACUUGGAGUUUGAAGAAGGCUGCUCGCUCGAGCGAAUGCCGUCGUUCGAUCCGGAGUUGAUUUGGGAAAUUCUUGCUAAUUAGAAGAGGAUUUUGCAUUCCAUUUCUUAAUCUUUGAGUCAAAAGUUGUUAAAAUGUAAAUGGUAAUUUUGAAGGACAAGCCAUAGAAGCAAGUAUGAUUUGCUGUCCUUGUUAUUAAAUCUGGUUUUUGUGAAAUUUGGGUAUUUGUUUAUGGUAUUAGUUAAGGGUAAUUUUGGUGUUGUUUGGCCCUUCUUGUUUUUAUUUGAAGGCAUUAGGAAAGUUUUUGAGGUUGUUACCUUACUAGAUCAGAAAUUUGUGGGACCUUCUGUUAGUUAUUAUGAGCCUUAAUAAAGAUUAGGUCUGUUUGUGUAAUUUUUUAUGA